GACACGUAAAAUGGUGGCGUCGCAAAACGACGGUGGCAGAAGUAUGGGCGGCGGCGGUGGUGACGGCGGCGGCGGUGGCGGCGGCGGUGAUGACACGGUUUACACGGUGACCGUGAGCGGGGUCGGUUACAGGAACGAGGGUUACAAGGACGACGGCACCGACGGCAUACCGCCGGAGCCGCAGAAGCCGCAGUUCCCGGCGGCGGACGACGACACGCAAUCGCGGAAAUUCAAGCUGUCGCGCGGCGAAAAGUGGCGUAUCCUGAAGAACAUCGGCACCGUCUCGAUCGCCUUCAUGGUGCAGUUCACCGCGUUCCAGGGCACGGCGAAUCUACAGUCGUCGAUCAACGCCAGCGACGGCCUGGGUACUGUCUCGCUUUCAGCCAUUUAUGCCGCUCUGGUGCUCUCGUGCAUCUUCGUGCCCACUUUCCUUAUCAAGAGGCUCACCGUCAAGUGGACCCUCUGUCUAUCCAUGCUGUGCUACGCGCCGUACAUCGGCUCGCAGUUCUAUCCGAAAUUCUACACCCUGGUACCCGCUGGCGUGCUCCUGGGUCUCGGCGCCGCGCCCAUGUGGGCCGCUAAGGCCACGUAUCUGACGCAGGUUGGCGGGGUCUAUGCUAAGAUCACCGACCAGCCAGUCGACGCCAUCGUCGUACGGUUCUUCGGCUUCUUCUUCCUGGCGUGGCAGACGGCCGAGCUCUGGGGCAAUCUUAUCUCUUCGCUCGUAUUAACCGAUGGCGGUGCUGACGGCGGCGGCGGCAACAACACAACAAGUACAAUCAACAGCUGGGACAAAGUCAAGCUAUGCGGCGCGGAUUUCUGCGUCAUUGGCAACAAAGGUCACGAGAACCUGGACCGACCACCAGAGUCGGAAAUCUACGAGAUCUCCGCGAUCUAUCUCACGUGCGUUAUCAUCGCGGUGAUUAUCGUCGCUCUCUUCGUCGAUCCUCUCUCUAGGUACGGCGAGAAGCAACGACGAUCGGAUAGCCAAGAAUUGAGCGGCAUCCAAUUGCUCUCCGCUACGGCUUAUCAGCUGAAGAAACCUUACCAGCAACUGCUGAUACCCAUCACGAUAUGGAUCGGCAUGGAGCAAGCUUUCAUCGGCGCCGAUUUCACGCAGGCAUACAUCUCCUGCGCUCUGGGCGUCCACAGAGUCGGCUAUGUUAUGAUCUGCUUCGGGGUAGUCAACGCCGGCUGUUCCUUGCUAUUCGGUUCAUUAAUGAAAUUCGUCGGCAGACAGCCACUGAUGGCAUUGGGGGCCAUUGUUCACGCCUCUCUCGUGGUGGUUCUCCUCAUGUGGAAGCCUCACCCCGACAAUCCCUAUAUCUUUUUCUCGGUCUCGGGACUGUGGGGUGUGGGCGAUGCCGUGUGGCAGACACAAGUUAACGGACUCUACGGCACGCUGUUCAGGCGCAACAAGGAGGCGGCCUUCUCGAACUACAGGCUGUGGGAGAGCGCCGGCUUCGUGAUCGCCUACGCGUACAGCACGCACCUCUGCGCCCGUAUGAAGCUGUACGUGAUGCUGACGGUGCUGAUCACCGGCAGCAUAGGCUACAUCAUCGUCGAGCUGCUGCACAGGCGCAAGCAACGGCGGCUCAAGGCGAUCGCCGAGGACCCGAAGGCUGCCCAGGCAGCUGCCGAGGCGAAUCAGCCGGAGGAGACCGACGACGAGAAGGACGACCUCGACGACGAGAUCAUCAUCACGCACCUGUGAGCGACGAUUUGCGUAAUCGACGUAGUCGUUCCUCCUUAAAAAUCCCUCGCGUCCGCACCGCUUUUUCGUCUCGUCGACGGGGGAAUCGAAACGACGGCCGGAAGAUCCGAUCGAUCGGAUUGACGAGUACUCUUUUCUCCGCGAUAUCCGUCGAGAUCUUCCGCCUGUCAUCCCCUCGUUCUUGCUUGUCAGUCCCUCUAUCCCGAGAUAGAGCCGCGCCGAGAUCAAUGAACAGCCGCGGCGUUCUUCCCCGUCGACGACGUGGGCGAGGAAAGUGUGCUCCUGACGGUAGAUCGAUUCGCUACCUCCGGAACGACGUAAAAAUCGCGUCUCGUCGCGAAGGGGUCAAGAGAACGGUGGAUACGCCCACGAUUUCCACGAUGAAGUGGAGAUGCCGGGCGUCGACUCCAUUUUGCGGAUGCUUCUCUUCAAGGCAAUGCCGGGUGCAGGCUGAAAUCUGGCUUCCACCUUCCUCAGCGCGAUCGGAAUGAGUCGAUGAUAGAUAAGUAAUAUACUUAUCGAUACUUGGUGGUGCUAAGAAACACGUGGGAAUGUAAAAUUCGCUCUCGUGCUACUAGGAAUGUUGAACUUCCAUCGCCGUUACUCGAAACUGUCGAAUCAGUGCCAUGAUGAGGGAUUACCUUGAUCCUCGAUCCAAGCGUUCUUUGUACGAGACCUCAUCAUCGCGUUCGCGAAGCGGUAAAAUGGAAAUAAAGCGCGGCACGGAGGCGAAAAGUGCAUUUUGUUGCGCGCAGUCCGUGCGCAAGACGCAUAUCGUCGAAAAAAGUGUGGCAAUCCUAAAAGUAUUCAGUUUGUAUCACAUAUUUAUUGCGCGCCGAAAUGUCCCGGCGAACGUUAUCGUGUAUCGAGGAGAAGAAUUAAGGAACGUCAGAAGCAUUAUUAUUUUUUCAAAUCUAAAAAAUGAUUACUAUUUUAGAAGAAACAUUAAAUUGUUUCCAUGCAUUUCUCUUCGAUUCUUCAUGAUCAUGUUAAACGAUGAGAAAAAUUUGUUAUUCUAUUAGGCUUUUAAAUUUUGUAUUAAAUAUUUAUGACGUUAAUGCGAAGAAAUGUACUCCGAUAUCGGUUUCGUCAAUGUGGUGGUCUUUACAAAUUGAUACGAAUGUUUUCGUUACAAAAUGUAUAAUUUGUAAAGAUUACUAUAGUUCGUAAAAGAAAAUGUACAUGAGACACACAUGUAGUUUGUGACUAAUAAGAAUUGACACGAAAAUUGAUCAUAUUUAUUCAAGGAUAAUAUUACUUUCCUUUAAAUUUAUAAUACUCGUUUGUAAUACGUUUAAAGAAAUCGUUUAAAGAAAAGAGACAAUCGUCACUAUGAAACAAUCAUCAUAUGUCGGGAAAUGACGUUCUUGAUCGAGGAAUGUUGUUAUCGGUCACGUUGGCAAGUUCCUCGCAUUUCUUUUCUUGCAAGAGAAGCACGUGAGAUAUCGAUGUGCGUCUACAUGUGAAAACAGUAUUUUUCUUGCCGAGAAUAAAUGAGUCAUAAGGAAUAGAGAUGGAGGUUCAUUCUUCGCGGGACUGAGUUCCUAAUCUUCAAAGUUUCGUGAUCUUGCAUGCAAAUAUUCUAUUAUUCCGUUCUAACUUUUCGUUUUAUUAUAUAAGAAGAAACUUAUUUUAAUAAGAUUUAAAGAUAUUAUUUUUCACAGUCAUCAUAUAAAACAAGUUUCUUCCUAUUUCAUAUUUAUUGAGCCACGUCGCGGUUGAAAAUUUCGAAGAAUAAAGCUCCGUCGAUUUUCCAUCGAUACGACCUGUUCUCCGCGGGAAUCUUAUCGCGCGUCACUUUUCGUUAGAACCAGGCGAAAAAGGCGCAAGAAACAUAUCAAGUUAACUAUAAACACCGUAAACCGUUUGGAUGCAUUAUUCCGUCCUGUCGCAAUCAGCAAUUUGUACAUGGUAGCUCAAAAGUCUACGACGUAAGUUUAGGAUACGGACGCAGUCCUGUAGCGAGAUCUGUUCUUGCGAGUCGUUGCGUUGAUAGAACGCUGAUUAUCUCUCCGACUGAAAUUGAAAGCGCGAGGAUAUAAAACGUGAAUUCUGUUCAUCGAUUCUGUUUUCGCGCGGAGGGAAGGAUUACGGAGAUUACAUCACGCAUCGCGAAGCACACGUCUCGUUAUCCGCGGAAAGAGACCGAUCGGUACGUGAGAAUAUGAAAAACUCGCGUCUGCGAAGUUUCGCGAAAUUAUGAACAUUACCUGUAAAUAUUUCAAUUAAUACUGCGGUUUAGUUCCUUCCGAGUAUCCCGCUGGGUAAUUAUGACGCACGAAGGAGACCGAGAGAAAGUUUACCGUCGCUGACUAAUAAACUCCUCUUAGAAUCCAUGUUUUUGUUUGACGGACUAUAUUUUCACAAAAUUCAUCAGGAAUGAAAACUUGAUUUACACAUCGGACAGUUGAGAUAACAUCGAGAUAAGAAAAACGUUAGUUUAAAUUAACGUUUCUAAUAUUUUCUGAAAUUAAUUAAUUGGAACAAAGAGUUAAAAAGAAGGAUAACGUGCCACGUGUCGCCGUCUAAAAAUAAUUUGUUAAAAUAAAAAGCUUUUAUAAAAUGCCACAGAGAAUGUUUUAUUAAACAGUAAACCAAGUAUUUCAGACCUGGCCCAUUUCCGAUAAUUAUCGCGCGGCUCAGCGGAUUAAUUGCUUGCGCGCUGGCUCUUAUCUGGCGCUUAUCGGCCUUGCGCGGCUUUGCUCCGUCCAGCGCGUAUUUGCCCCACGUGCUUUCGAAGCCGCGCGAUAAACCGGGCGCGCGCGACUCCAGUCCACACAAACGAUCGCGAGCGAGCGAGCGAGCGAGCCGACAACUUUUUUUGCUUUCCACGACCAGAAUGGGACGGGCAUGAGGCCGGGAACAGGAAACUCGCGGGAAUCCUGCCCCCCUGGACGGGAUAUUCAAGUCCCUCGGUGCCUACCGGCCGCCUAUUUAUAUAUACCCGCGAUACACCAAUCCGGUAUAUACCGAUCGACACCGGCGUCGGCCAAGUUCCCUUAAACGAGAACUUAAGAGCCGCGUCCGCGUCUCGUUUACGUUUUAUUAUUCGGCCCAGGUUCUCCUGCUUGUUUUCCGUGCCACGCGGCGAGAACCCGUCCCGCCGGCGCGGCGCGGCGCGGCAUCGCGAUUUUCUGCGCGAUCGGCGCCGUCGCCGUCUCGCGAGGGAGAGCCCCGGGUAAUGACGGCGCUGAGAACGGAACGCGACGCGUAUAACGGCCGCUCGCUUUGCUCGCUUUUGCCAGCUGGGAUUUUACGCGCGUUUCUCUCUCGUCGUUCCUCCAUCUUCUCUCAUCUCUCGCCUUUUCUCUCUCCGCCUCCUCGUCGCCUCGGCGCGGCACGGCGCGCCGCGCGGAAAGUAUCACGCUCCUCGGCGGGGUCGCGCUUUUAAUUCCGCGCUACGUUAACGUCCCUCCUCUUCCCCGUCUCGAUGAAUUCUUGCCGCGGCCUUCUGGAAAGUGGAAUAAACGCGACGAGACGAUCGGUAUUAAUCGCACGCGGGACGAAACGACGACCGAUCAUAUAUGAUGUUAAAUCUCCUUUCUUUUUCCCUUCGCGCGUUCUUCCGCGUGCGCUACGAAAUAUAGGAUCAAACAAUCAUCGAAAUAACGUAAAGAAAUCGAGUCUUUUAUUCAUCAAUGCAGAAUUUUCAAUGUAGAAUUGAUGAGACGAACGUUGUGCAUUUUUUUUUAAUUCGAGCGGGUUUCGGAAAAAAAGAAAAGCUUCAAAGUCAAAGGCGUGCAAGCUUCAGAUUAAUGACGACUUGAUUCGGGACAUUUGUCUCAAGAUAAUACGUUCUAUCAUACACAUCGACGACACAACCAUAUACGUUAUGCGUUAUUAUAGGAUAUCUGGUUUCGUAGUCACAUCAAGAAUGAAUGUUUUCCUGUUUCGUUCUAACUGCUCUAUCUUAUUCCCUUUCCAGCCAGAAAUGAUUAGUCGAAUUGACGUCGAUACUUACGUUGAUGAAUGGUCGAUGUCGAAUGUAGGUUUAUAUUUUUGUCAUCUUCGACCUCAUUGUAGUAAUUUUUAUGUUAAUUCAGCAAUUACGAAUAUUUCUAUAAGUUUUCUAUUGUCUCGAUGUAAAAUGGAAAAGCACAGUAUAUAUAAAUAUAUAUUGUAUUCGAUGUAGUGAAUUGACCGAAACACAAUAGAAAUCUAAAAGAAAUAUUCGCAAUUGCUCAAUUAACAUAAAAACAAUUAUAAGAACAAUUUUUACACAAAGUAACAAGAUAAAAAUAUGAAUCAGUAUUCGACAGCAACCAUUCAUCAAUCACAUCGAUCAAUCAAAUCGACAUUGAUUCGACAGAUCAUUUCGGGCUGGGUUCUUUGUUGUAUCGCGAAUAUUACAGAUUUAAGUAACUCGAGUAGCUCGUGGCGUAGUAACGGCAGAUGAAUGGGAUUAGUGGUCGGAUCGCUAGAAGCAAUGAAAAUAUAAGAUAUAAAUAAAUUUCAAAAGAGAAAAUUGCUUGAUGCGUCCGCCGGUCCGAUUCUUCCGCCGUUGAUACACGUAUUAAUAUUGCAAUUAAAUAAGUAACUUUACGGCACGAAACAUAACAAAUGGAUGAGCGAACGAUGGGGAAAUCGAAGAUCGAGAGGGGGACAGCGAACCCCCCCGAGAGUAUCUGUGUGUAAUAGUUUUUCGCUGAACUUUUUAAAGGGACUCACGAAUCACAGAACUUGCACCUCGAAUGUGUCGAGAAGAGGACAUGGUUUAUCGGGGACCACGAUCUAACAUAUAUACAUAUUAUAUUUUAGGCCUGCGAGAUUACUCUUCCUAGAUUUUACUGAGAAGUACUUUAGAAAGAAAUAUAUAUAUAUAUAUACAUAUAUUAUAUACAUAUAUGUUUAAGAGAUCUGCAGAGAGAAAAGAUUUCGUCAGUUCGGGCCAAUCGCACAUUGGGACCAUUCCGGUUUUUACGUUCUGCUUGCUCUUAUUUGAGAUUUGUAAAUAUACAAUUAGUAUUAAUCGCCUAUAAUCGCGCCGUACGAAUAGAGCAACUGGAUGUCGCUUCACAUAUCGAGCAAGUCUUUUGAACAUUUUAUUUUCUGUUACUUUUAUUUAACUACGUUCGUGCGCGUCGAAAGAGCGUAAUUCCCGCAAUAUAUUGUUACUGCAUUCCUUUUAUUUCCCUACCGCGUUCCAAGACCAUUGAAUCCGCUCUUUUUCACGCUCGCUCCCCAUGAUUGUUCUCUUAUGUCUCCUUAGAUGAGCAACGUGAGCAUAUACUUAUCUCGUUUUAAGUACGAGGAACGUAUGGCGCAGCGACAAAAAAAAGGGUGUGGAGCCGUCACUUGAAUAUCUGCCACUUUUUGGACAUGCACGAACGCGGUUGUUAUACAUAUUAUCCUUAGAUAAGCUAAGGAAAUCCAGCGUAUGCUAAGUUUUGUUGUUUUAAUCGAUAGAAGGAAUCGGUGCGCCCGACAAAUUGUACAGUAUAUUAUUAUAUUAUUAUUAUUGUAUGUUCACUUCCUUAUUAUACAUAUACUAUUCCGUUCGAUUGUUAUCGUACAUUAUGAUGACACGUUGAUCAUAGUUGCAAUCAUUAAUUGUUAUACAUCGUCAGAUUAUUGCUAUAGUUAAUAAUAUAUUAUUAUAUCAUUUUGUGUCCGACACGUAAUGUUAUGUAACGAUAAGGAUCAUUUUAUUAAAAUUGUCAAUUAAGAUAUAAUUAAUGUGAAUUCUAUCCUUUUAAUCCCCCUUUCGACUAACUUCAACUUCAUUUCUUUUGUUCGUGCUGAUUUUUCAAGGAGACAAUGAUUGUUAAUGAUUCAAUUUGUCGCAAAAAUUCUAUGUGAUACGUAAUAAUGUUUCAUAUAUGAUUUCUAAAUGUAAUUUGAUAUAUAGUGUCAUUGUAGAUUCAAUUCAAUUCUUAAUAGAUAUAAUAAAUCUAUAUAAUAAGUGCAAUUAUAGAUGAAUAGAAUGAUCAGACAAUUAAAGACGUAAAUAUGAAUUAUUUAAGAACGCAACACCAAUUUUUCACAUUUAAUAACUAUUGCAUAUAAAACAAACAAUGUAAGUUAGUAUGAAAAUUCGCGAAGGAGCGGUUUUAACGAUCCGUCGUUCUCAGAGAACGGAAGAACAAAGAAGGAAACGAUUGCUGCCGUUAUUAUACGUUAUCUUGUUACGUAACAUCGUCGUAAAUGCUAUUUGCUCUACCGAAGUUAGGCUUGUUCGCUAUCUUACAGAGGCAUAAGACCUAUAAAUCUAAACUUGAAAAUUAAAAUAAAGCAUUGAAAAGUAAAUUACUGAAAUAUUAUUUUUCUUAAAUGUGUUGUUUCGGUGACUGGAGUACCUAUAGCAACAUAUAUUAAAACAUUUUAUUAUAAUAUGAGGUAUAAUCAAUAUAUUGCAAUAUUUAAAAUUAUGUACAUAGUCUUGCUUAAGAAAUUAUCAUACACAAUAGUAUAAUGCAUGUACUUGCACCUUAAGCAUUAUAAGAAUGUCAGAAAUUACCGUAUAUAAGAUACAAAAAUAUUUAACGUUUACAUUCCAAACAACUGUGAUAGAAUACUUUUAUGAUAGAAUACUUAUAACACAUUUAUAUAAAACAAUUGGAUAAUUGUAAUACUAUUUUACAUACGAAAUGUUACUAUCCAAAUAAUGCAGAGUAUUAGUAAAUUAAAUAUCGAAUUUACAAGUUUGGUACUCUACUUUGGCUUACUACUGGAAAAUAAUUUACAUAACUACAUAUAUAGGCCGAUGUAACUACAUGAUAUAAGUACAAUAAGUAUGUUCAAUAUAUAUAAAAAAGCACAUUAUAACAGCCUCUUUAGUAUUAAUACAUAUUUAGUAUCACUUAUGUAUGAGCGUAGUUUAACAUCAGACUACUUUGUAUCAAUACUUCCUUUCUCUCUACUUUCAAUAUUCGUAUAAGUAUUUACUCGUGGCAUCGAUUACCUAUUAUUAAAAAAUGGCAUUUGUAGAAAAAAUGUUGGUAACAACACGGCUAAUAAAAUUAUAGUGUAUAAUGGCAUCUAAAAUGGCAGGCAAAAUGACCUUACUCAACAAUUCGUACAGUUCGCAUGCAAAAGCACAUGCUUCGUAUGACACGUAUUACAUCUUCAUAGAUAUAUAUGCCUGUAUCUAAAAGCUAUAAAAUUCGUGAAAUUGUUUACUUAAGCUAUAAUUGUUCGUCUUUGUGAUGGAAGACUUUUGGUGCAGGCUACAUCUUGAAUUGUUACAAUUUAUCGUAAAGUAUCUUAUACGAGAGAAGCGUGAAAGGCACUAUAAUAAUUACAAUUUUACAAUCUGCUGGAAAACAUGUAAUCAUCUAUCUUCUAGCAAAAUCGAUAUGUCAUUUACAAAAUCAUGCAAGUCAUUUUCGCUAAGUACCAAAAGUUCGGAGGCUUUCCAUAUUGGAGAAAA